CCUCGACCGCCUGCAAAAAGACAUUAGUCGGUAUCCUAUCCAUUUUAUCCUCCCGCGUCACGUCUUAGUAGUGUAAGCGACGUCAACAAGGCGGCGUGAGACUACGGCGCUGGAGGUGACUCGUUACUGUAUGAAAUUUUAAGUAGUCAUGAUGUGGCGUCAUUGGUUCCGUCUGGCUAGAAGAUGCACAAUUGCAGACCAUCAGACGUGUAUGCAAACCUCUUUCUUGAGACCUAUAUCUUCAUCCAGUUACUGUUUAACUAGGGGUGCUCCAAGGAAACCGUUUGAUGGAGGUACAGAAACCCUCAUAGAAGAUACAUAUGGAAGGGAGUCUCCCAAGGUACUGCUAGACAAUGCAACAACCUACAGCGAGCAAGAGCCACAGACCCAAGAGGAUCUGUGGACUGAGGGACCCUAUCCACACAAGAGUAACUUUAAACAGAGUCAAGCAAAGAAUUCCAGAAGGCCAAAAGUGGACCCCCGUGGAACGUCAGUAUUGUUAUUUCCAGGUCAAGGUACACAAUAUGUAGGAAUGGGUAAGGAGCUACUGAAGUAUCCUAAUGUAAAUGAGAUGUAUGAAAUAGCCUCACAGAUCCUUGGCUAUGACCUCCUUGAGAUUUGUCUUUCUGGCCCAUUAAAUAAGCUUAGUAAAACCAUUUAUCAGCAGCCAGCCAUUGUUGUGUCAUCUUUAGCUGCAGUUGAAAGACUAAGGGAAGAGAACCCAGCUGCCUUGGAGUCUUGCAUUGGUGUUGCGGGUUUUAGUGUUGGAGAAAUUACUGCACUGACUUUCGCUGGUGCUUUUUCAUUCGAGGAUGCCAUACGAUUGGUGAAGGUACGGGCCGAGGCUAUGCAGCUAGCCUCAGAAAUGGUUCCGAGUGGCAUGAUGACUGUUCUAUAUGGUCCUGACUCGCGGUUGGGAUUCGCUUGCUCAGUCGCCAAGGAAUUUUGCCAGAGACAGGGGUUAACGGAGGUGGACUGUCGUAUUGCAAGCUACCUGUACCCACACUGUAAAGUGAUUGCUGGAAAUGAGGAAGCGCUGUCUUUCAUUGAGGAGAAUAAAGCUGACUUCCGCCUGAAACGUCUGAAGCGAUUGCAAGUUUCAGGGGCCUUCCACACAGAUCUCAUGUUGCCUGCCGUCGCAGCACUCAAAAAGGUUUUGAACACAAUAACCGUUGAAAAUCCACUUAUUCCAGUCCACUCCAACAUCGAUGGCAAGUAUUACAAGAACGCGGAACAGGUCAGAAAGCAGCUUCCAAAACAGAUCUGGAAACCUGUUAAAUGGGAACAGACAAUGCACAUUUUGUACGAGAGGAACAAAGGGACCGCUUUUCCGAUGACGUUUGAAUGUGGUCCCGGUAAAUCCUUAAAGACUAUUCUGAAAAUGUGUAAUGCCAAAGCCUUUGAUUCUUGUUCUGCUGUAGAGGCAUAAAUGAUUUUAACCUGUGCUGAUUGUGUAUGUAUAUAUAAUUUUUCUAUAGAAAAAAUAAAAGAUGAAAAAAUAACUACCUUCAUCAGAAAGCAGAAACAAAUCUCAAGUGUAAAUAGUUAGUUAAUAAAAUGUGUAAAUUACUUGAAUCUAUUUUUUCUACAGUAGCAAGCAGCCUUUUAUUUAAAUGACUAAAUUUCAUUCAUUAUAUUUACUUCUCGAAACACAUGAAAGUUUU